AUGAUUUUCCUUAAGCCUGACUGAUGCAAGGAUGCCGCAGAGGGAACCAGGGUGAGAGAAACCGAAAGUGAAAGUGAAAGAGCGCACAGGAAAGAAACUUGCUGUUAUGUGUGUUGCCCUCACGCCCCUGACAUAUUCUACACACGCAGACAUUAAAACUGUAGCCAGACGCUGGUAUGAUGUCCAGAUGACUGUCAUCAGAUCGUUUUCAGGACGAUCUUCGCUGAUAAGCGCGUGCGUGUCGCAGUAGAAAUAGGAGCGUCUCCGGAUCUCUAGAUGACGCAGCAGCAGCGACGCCUGACGCACGUGAGAAGCGCAUCUCAUGCAUCCAGCGUGUCCAGCCUGUAGGACCUUAGAAUAAAAUCAUUACUGCAGGCCGAACUCUUUAUGGUGAAGACAAGAUGAACUUCAGGUCCAUGUGCCCCUUUUAACUUCGAGCAUCUGCCCUUCUGAAGGUCUCCGCACAGCCCUGGUUAAGAUGAUAGAUAAGGAUGUUGCACUCGCUGGUUUAUCGGCGCUUUGCAAUGCCAAUGUUACAUCUAUUCAAAAACUUAGAGCCCAGGGUGGUGCUGCCAGUGCUGGCACUGUUGGAGGACCUGCCCAUCAGCAGCUGUUCGUCAGUAAUUUCAUCUCUUCAGUCUUGGAUGCAGAUGAAACCUGCGAGGUGUCAAGAAACAACUUUGACCGCCUCAAAAGACAUCUGGAAGGUGAUGCACUGUCAUGGGGCCCUACUGGUGCUGCAUGGCCAUUUGCACCGCUAUUUGGCUUCGCCACACGGCUAUUUGGCACUGCCGCACCGUCACCAGUCAUUGCCACACCUCCACGAGACCAUGCCACGCCUCCACCAGACCAUGUCAGACAUGAUUUAAUCCUUGACGAAGAUGAAUUCUUUGAACCUGGAUUCGACUACGAUUUCAGAGCGGUGAAAGACACUGUGACUUAUUACAGAGGUGAAGAGGAGUAUCAGCGCCCAUGCGGUUGGAAGCGUUUUGCCAUCAAGGUCCUGGAUAAGUACAGUGAUGGAAAUACCUGGCUGGGAAAUCCAUCCCGCAGCACCAAGUCAGUUCCAGGAGAGUGGCCUGUGUCCUACCACGGGACAUCACAGAGGGGUGCUGCUAGAAUCAUCGAGGGAUUCUACGAGUCAGGCGAUGGUGACACGUACGGCAGGGGGAUUUAUUCGACUCCAGACAUAUCUGAGGCGGACACAUAUUAUGCCAAAACAUUCAACGAAAAGGGCCAGGACUACAAAGUGAUUCUGCAGAAUCGUAUCAACCCGGAGAUCAGGAAGGUAUGCGAAAAAGCCAAAUACUGGCUGAUCUCCAUCCCCGCUGGAACAAGCAAAAAUGAUGAGCAGAAGAUGGUGGAGAGGGCCAUCCGUCCUUAUGGCCUGCUGCUGAAAGAGGUCUAACAGGUUGAGAAUGGUCACAACAAAAUAAAUCUGAGCAAUUACUUGUUUCCUGAGCUUUAUUUUGAAAAUACAGUGGCUGUGUUGUCUUUGACAAAGAAAUUGUCUUAAGUAGUUGAUGUCAAAUACUCUCUGAUGCUGUCAAACAUCAUAUAAUCAUAUAAAAUGACUAUAUAGCUCCAUAAUAGUGCGACUUUCUUGUACUGAAAUUUCUGCUUUGAUAAACCAUGCUACAAUUAAAUAAAGCACCUUAAACACA